UGAUGAAGCUGUAGCUGGAAGAUCUAAGUUUUAUUUAAUGGCGACUGCUUAUGAGAUGAUGGAAGAAAACGAAAUUGAGCUGAAUUUGGGACUUUCACUGGGUGGUUGUUUCAUGAAAUCGGAGAAAUCUUUGGGGAUUCGGCAGAAAUCUGUGUCGUCGUCUGGAGUCGACGAGAAAUUCGACAAAACCGAAGCGGAUCUCAGAUCUAGCGUGUCUCCGAUCUCCGGCCGAGUUUUUGGGGAAAAUAAAGAAGUACAGAUUGAAGGAGAGGUUUUGGAUCCGCAGAGUAAGCGGAAGAUUCAGGCGUUACGGCGUCAAGAGGCGAGGAAAAAGAGAGCAGAGAAGCAGAAGAAGGGGAGAGUACGAGAUCGGGACAUAGUUGAGAAUGAAAUGGAUAGAUCUGAACAGAUCUGUAAAAAAGCUAAAGUUACCGAUGAAGAAGACCAGCAAGAUGUAAAUCAAGCGUCGAAACAGAGUCAGGGCCCUGACUCUUCUUCUGCAUUUGUUCCGGUUGUGCCUAUGCAGUACCCUUUCUCGCAUCUACAAUACAUUCCUUUUGCUAAUGGGCUUCCAGUCCCUUAUGCGGUGCCGUAUUGGGCUGCUCCACCUGCUUCCGCCUCGGUUGGUGAAGAAAAGAAUGUGUUUCAGAUGGUUGCGUGUAGGGCUUUUCAGCCAUUUCACGCACAGAACUCGAAUGCCAAUCUCAACUGUUCGAGGAGCAGUGAUUCUGAGCAGAAUGGAAGCAAAAGUGGUGGUCUGAAGCAAUUGCAGUCCUCCAGUGGAUCGCUAGGUAGUGCUUCUUCGGGGGUUUCUGAUUAUCAGAGCACAUCACACCAAGGGGGUUGCAGCAGCGAUACGAGAAGCCAUUCAAGUCGAUCCGCGUCAGAGCAGCCUCAACUUCAUACCAUGUUUGUGAACAAUGCACAAACGGAGCAGAGUGCUUCAUCUCAACCAACAGAAUCCACCCAAGGCAUUCAAGAACCAGAACAAAAAGCUGAGAAACUGGUUUUCUCAAAUCCCUUCCUAACAAACCCAGAAAAAACUGAGGGAAAACCCAUCACAACCACUGAUAACCCACCUCCUCCUCGUUCUCCUACUCGAGCCCCUCGGCCACCCAAAGAAUCCAAGGGGGAAGCUAACAAGCCUCCUAAGCCACCACAGCAUCAACCCCAUAAGACACAGGCCUUGCCUCACAUGCCAUGCGUAUCCACAACUGGAAAUGGCCCAAAUGGGAAAACCAUUACUGGGUUCUUGUACAGGUACAAUAAAACCGAAGUUAGCAUCAUGUGCAUCUGCCAUGGAAGCUCCUUCACACCAGCCGAGUUCGUGAAUCAUGCAGGAGGCACAGAUGUAUCAAAUCCAUUGAAGCAUAUAGUUGUGGUCCCAUCCCCAUUUUGAUGAAGACUUGGAUUUUUCUAUUUGGUUUUUUUUUUUUUUUUGGGUUUUGGG